AUGCAAGCGCAGCCAGUUUGGCUGUUGCGGCCACUUCAGCCGGUGCUGCAGCUUAGGCCCUCCCCAACAAUCCGCACAAAACACAUGGGCCCUGCCAACACAAUCCUAACAAAAAGGACAAAGCUCGUUGGCGCUGUCACGGCGGGUGUGCUGAAGAAGACCACUGGCCUUGUGGGAUUGGCUGUGUGCAACACUCCACACGAGAGGCUAAGAAUAUUGUACACAAAGAUUCUUGAUGUUCUUGAGGAUAUCCCUAAAAAUGCAGCUUAUAGAAAAUAUACAGAACAGAUUAUAAAUGAGAAACUGGCUAUGGUUAAAAUGGAAUCAGAUGUUCAAAAAUUAGAAGACCAGCUUCAAGGUGGUCAAUUAGAAGAGGUGAUUCUUCAGGCUGAACAUGAACUAAGUCUGGCAAGAAAAAUGGUGCAGUGGAAAACAUGGGAGCCAUUAGUGGAAGAACCUCCUGCCGAUCAGUGGAAAUGGCCAAUAUAAUUAUUAAGUGAUUUUGGUGGGUUGAUGGGAAACUGAUGUAAUUAAAUAUUCUGUUCUAUUAA